UUUGACAAUUGACUCGUCCGACCUCAGAGUCCACUGGUUGUCUUGGGAUCUUCCCAUCCCUCCGCCGUUAGAGCUAGGAUACAUAGUUGUCCAUCCUCCCUACAGUGAGUAUCAGACGGAGUAUUUGCAGCAGCAGCAGCAGCAGCAACAGUCCACGACGUUGACUACGGGAGAUAUUGUACGUGGUGCCUGCUAAAGACAAUGAUGCGGCUGACCAUUGUCCUAGCUCUCGUGUGUUUUUCACAAACCGUCCUGUCUGCGCCCGCUGUGGACCCACGCCACGCCGCCAAGGUCAACGCUGCCUCUAAAAACACUUUCUCAGACCCAUUAGAACUGGAGCUGCAGGGGGUCCACGAACAGAACCAACUAACCAGGACACAUGGCGAGAACGAGGCUAUCGAUUCCAGCGAAGAAAAAGAGGUUGUUGACAACGAUGUUGUACCGGAAGUCAAGCGGUCGGAGCGAGUGAGCACAGAUGACGUCGACCCACCUGGCGAAGACCUGGAUGAGUUAUCUGACAACCUGGAUGCGGCGGACCGGGAUGUCAAGAGCGUUCUUCGAGUGUUCCUCCACAAUCUGAAACAACACCCUGAGAUCGUGGAGGACAUCAUGGAAAGGGAAGGCGAGAAACUUCUUGGGCACAAGAUAGUUGCGGACACUGAGAGCAGCGACCCUUCAGCCUUCCAGAAACCAAGUCCGCAGCUCAUCAAGAUCCCGAAGCAAGUCGAGAAGAAAGCAGGGGGCGAGUUUCCACGUUUUAUCUACAAGACCCCUAUGCGAAAUACAUUUGAGAGGAACCAAAUGACUGCAGGGAGCGUCAAUAACGACGCUCAGACAGCCGAACCAGCAUCCCACCACAACGAGGUCCCAGCAGCAGAAAGUACCUACGUUGACCCCCACGAUGUGAGUGAGGUCAAGGCCGGCCACGUUGACCUGAGUAAUGCCAUUCCCGUCAUACAGCAGCCCAACACCGAUCAGGGCACCCUUGAGGGUCAGAUAAAUAUUCUGCCCGAUCAGCCAGAGCAAAACGGCCCCAUUGACAUAGCCGCGCUUCAGCAAGCGCAGGAUGAAUAUAGCAGAGAGAAUCCUUUCAUCAACAGCCUUCCUCUCUUCCCCGAACAUCAGGCGUCGCAGGCGUCGCAGGCUGAGGACAUCGUGGAGCCCGACCAGAAGCCGUCACCCAUGCAGCCCGUCGAGGCUGAGGAGGCUCCAGAAGAUGACGUUCCUCGGCAGGAUACGGAGAUUGUCAACAGUGAAAUAGCUCCUGAAGAGGAAUCUGAUCUAAUAAAAGAAGGGGGCGAAUCCGAGGAGAAGAGGUCACAGGUUUUGAAAUCAGAGGAAGAGGACAAAGAGGCUGACACUGGAGUGAAAUCGGAGGAAGAGGACGACCAGGGUCAGGAAAGUGAGAGUCAGCCGAAAGGAGUAGCUGUAGGGGAGAGCGUUCCCAACUCGCCCGAAACCAAACCACUGCAUCAUCUGACGGGGAGUGAAAUCGCCGCUAAUGCGUUGCACAAUCCCGUGGAAAGUGAAAGCUCGGUGCCAUAUUAUUAUUACUACUACGACUACAACAAGGACGGCGGCAGGGUUCCCGCUGGUGACCUGGGACCUUCAGAGGAAGGAGAGCGGGAAGAGGAGGAGUUGGAGAACAUCAGCGAUGAGAACAAACCGGAAGAAGCAGAAUCAGAAACAGAGGAAGAAGAGGAAGACGAACACUCACACGAAGACGCAGAAGAGACCGAGGAAGAGGAAACAGAUGGUGAUGAUCAAUCUGAAGAUGAAGCUGAGGAAAAGGAUGAGGAUGAAGAAGGAUGGGAUGAAGAAACAGGUGAUGAAACAGAGGAUGAUGAAGCAGAAGCUGGUGAAGGCGAUGAGGGGGCAGAAGAGGACAGUCACGCAGGAGAGGAGGCAGAAGAGGACAGUCACGCAGGAGAGGAGGAGGAAGACCAUGACGAGGAGAAAGGGGGCCGUGACGAGGAGGAAGAGGUUGGUGAUGAAAGUGACGAAUCUGCAGACAGGACGAACUCUCAUAAAGUGAUUGUUGUUAAUGAAGACAGCCUCCCCGAACCAACCAAACAGAAAGCGUUCGUGGCACAGCCUUUGGGGGAUGACGAAAAUGAGGCUGACCUGCUGUCCUUGAACGUCGGAGCACCAGAUGGCGCGUCCAAUAAUCCAGACGGUCCGGCUAUGUAAAAUGGCGACGCAGAUUGGAGCCUCGUUUUCGUACUCGCUACUCUCGAACACAACAUCUUAAGUUGAUUGGUGCGAUUACAAAAAUGAGGCUGCGAAUGACAAAGAAAAUGAAAUGUGAAAAAGGAAAUAUAGCUUAUCAUUCCUUAGAUGACUUGAGUCUUGUUGGUAUUAAGUUUUAUUUUUAUAUAGGGAGUCAGGACAUCUAGAUUGGUUUGGUAUUGUCUUGAAUGAAAGCAGAAUGGCUAACGACACUAUUGUAAAUAACUAUCAUGACAAUGGAAUAAUACGAACAUGUUCAAGCAUUGUUCUCUGUUCACUGGGGUUUGUUUCGUGUUUUGUUUCUUGAUUCAACCGUAAUCUCUCAUUAUUUCACUCUCGGUUAACUGGUAACACUAUUCACCCCAUAAACCAAACAAGAAUGGCGGUUCUAGUAUCACAAUAACUAGCAAGUACUUUUGAACUUACAUCUUCUAAAACUUCAAACAUUAGAUCAUAAACUAUCCACUGUGAGAUUUGUAUCUCCGACGCGCUGGCAUUGAGAGCCUUUAUCCAAUGCCGAAGGUCACACGAAGCUUGCUGCUCGGGAACCGGCAGGACAGGUUGUCUCGGAAUUCCAAGGUCGUUUCAGAACAUUUGAAACUGAAUACCAGCGAAGUGUAUUUUUAAUGAAAGUCUCAUAAUUGAUUCAUUGUAACGUACAGUGUCUUGCUUUGCUUAUCAUUCAGUGGAACUUCACGAAUACGCUCACUACAAUCGUAACGCUUUCCUGGGCCCACUUGCACAGAGCGAUCUUAGCGCUAAGAUGAUCUUAACUCCCAUACUUUAACAUAGGCUUACAAAAGUCUUAGCGCUAAGAUCGUUUUGUGCAAGUGGGCCCUGGAGUCAUGUUUCAGAGCAUUCUUGAACAAAUAUUGUCUCUGCCGUCCUGAACUGAACCUUACCGUCAACGCCAGAGAACAAUCAGUCCCGAGUAUCUGCCGAAACAGAUUCCAUUUGGCAUAAAAGGGAAAAUAGUGGUGAAAAUUAUUUGAAUAAAUCACUGAAAAUCAGUGGAGACACCGGGUGUUCGCGAAAAUGGUAAGCAUUUCCUGCUUUCCAUGUAGCAAUGAGAAAUUGAGAAGUAAGGCCUUCGUUAUUCCACGGCUAUUGUUACUGUGUGUGUUUUAUUCCCUCUUUGGGUAUAUCAUUUGAAACAGAUAUGUUUUACUUAAACUAAAGUAAUAUCAACAUUCCAUAUUAACAGAAGUGAUUAGUACUCAUACCAUUCCGACAUGAUCUGGACGCGGUCUCCGGUCCCCACCCUGUUCCACGACGGGUAUUGGCCAAUGUAUAAAUAGACAUCGUGAUUGACUGAACGCUGUGCGUUGUAGUGACCACCUGUAUAGCAGGCGUUUUUUUCUUCAACCACGUGUGUUUGAUGUAUCAAAUAAUAUUCAACCACAGUCUCCCACAUAGGUCCUAUACACAAACCACUAUCUGUGUACCUGGUAAUUUUUUAACACGUGUGUUUAAACAUCAAUACAUAUAUUAGAUUCUCUUAGACUAUUUUAUCCCUUUGGCACAGUAUAUGAUAGGUGUUUGUCAAUAAACGUCCCACACAUAAUAUAGUCGUAUAAGUCACAGUAUAACAAAUAGGCAAUUUCUACUAUUUAAUUAUCGUGUAAAUAUAUAGCGUUUGAAACCUAGAAUACUAGUAUCACACAGGCAUUUAGCCAUUCGUUCGUUAGAACUCUUUUGUGAAAUUUAUAAACUAUCUUUUCAUGUAUUAUCGACACUUGUAGAAUAAUUCAAAACACGUGAGUUUUUUAAAAAUAUAUUUACGGGACCGGAAUUAUUUGGUUAUUAUGAAGAAGCUGUUUUUUUGCGUCUUCUCUUGUUUACAAUUUACUUCGGUUAAUGUAUAUAUCAGCAUUGGCUUCUGAUAUACAAUUCCUUGUCAAAAUGGCGCAAAUUAUUUUUUUUAAUUUUUCAAAGUCGGAAUAUUUCGGAAAUAAUUCCAGACUCUUCCCAGAAAGUAAUGGUCGGUGUCUCCAGGCGCUGCAGCGUCAAUGACGUCAUACUGCUUUGUCGAAAUCGUAGACACCUUGUGAUCACCAUUCGGACAAGUGUUAGCUUCUAGUCAUUAUGUAGAGCAAGUUGUUGCCGACGUUGCCGACGUGCAAGUAGAACGAUUGGCCUCGGGCUUGACGCCAUUGGCCACUUUUGUAAUUUUAUAUCCGUAUGGUCUCCUCAGCUAGCUUCUGCUGCUAUGCCCUUUCCCCCUUCUCCGAGUGGCGUCAACUGUGAUAUACAUGCGUUAUACUUGUCUGUAGAUAUGCCUGUUGUCUGUUGUCACAAGGGACCAAAUAAAGUUAUACUUUAAAUGAA